UUUACCUUUCCAUUGGCAGAAUACUUCAGUACUCCCAGAAAAGAUGGUUAACGCUCAGGCGACCUCUGGGAAGGUGACUCUGUUCCGCCAGGAAGCACCCCGAGGCGUCACCUACCGAAUUCCCGCCCUGCUGUUCCUGCCUUAUGAAUCCGUUUUCUUGGCCUUUGUGGAGAAGCGCUCCUCGCCCAGAGACGAACACGCCGAGUACCUGGUUGUGAGACGAGGACGGAAGAAAGGGACCUCUGUCCAGUGGGGUCCUCAACAGGACUUGACGUCUGCUCUGCUUCCCGGCCAUCGCACCAUGAACCCCUGUCCGGUCUACGAGAAGGAGAGCGGCAGAGUCUUCCUCUUCUUUAUCUGCAUCCGGUCCAAGUUGACCGCCUGGCAUCAGAUCCGAACAGGGAGGAACGCCGCCAGGCUGUGCUACAUCUCCAGCCAAGAUGGCGGCCGCACUUGGAGCCAGUUGACCGAUUUGACCCACCGGGUGAUCGGGGGGGACUUGAGAAACUGGGCCACCUUCGCCAUCGGGCCCGGCCACGGGAUCCAGUUGCGCUCCGGGCGUCUGGUCGUCCCAGCGUACGCCUACUACAUCCACCAGCGUCACUUCAAAAAGCCAGUCCUCUACCAGACCAGGCCACAUUGCUUCACUUUGUACAGCGACGACCGAGGCCGGAAGUGGAGCCGGGGACAGCUUGACAUGAGCUUCCAGAUGGAAGAGUGCCAGGUGGCUGAGGUGACCCGCCGGGACAACCGCCAAGUGUUAUACUGCAACGCCCGCAGUCGUGAACAGUAUAGGGUCGGGGCCUUCAGCACAAACAGCGGCAACCAAUUUGAGGAGUCCUUCCUGUGCAAGGAGCUGCCAGAGACGGGCAGCGGUUGCCAGGGCAGCGUGGUGAGCUUCAGCCCGCCUCGGAAGCCCUCGGAGACGGGCCGAAGAGCGACUGCCGUCAACUCGACUACUCUGCCGGGCAUUCUGCCCUCAGCCGCCCGUGAGGCCGCCAAGGAAUGGCUGCUUUUCUCUCACCCCACGGGCCGACGCAAACGAGUCAACCUGGGCAUCUACCUCAACAUGUCCCCGCUGGCGAAGGGCGGGUGGGAGGCCCCUUGGGUGCUGCACGAAGGGCCGAGCGGCUACUCGGACCUGGCCGUGUGCGAGGAGGGCCCGGCGCCGCUCUUCGCCUGCUUGUUUGAGAGUGGAGCAGCCAGCGAAUGUGAGGAGAUUGCCUUCGAGCUCUUCACCAUCCCCGAGCAUUUGAACAGCACGCGGGAAGCCUGA